GACCACUUCUUUUUCCUAGCACCAUAAAAGCUUCAUUUCAGUUAGGUUUUAAGUGCUGUCCAAAAAACAAAAAGAAAAAAAAAAAUUUAGGUUUGAGGUUUUACGCGCACACAGAAACAGGGACGGAGAAAGAGAGAGGGGGAAAAAAAAAAAAAAAAAAUGGAAGCUCCAAAGCAGCUAUCGGCUGAGUCCCAGUCCAUAUUCAGAGAAGGAAUUGGUCUGGUUCUGUCACAGUGGUCGGCGCUUCGAAUGGCCGUCGAGAACGAGUGGGGUGGGCGUGACUCACGCAGCAAAGCGGAGCAACUCGGUUCCGAUAUCUUCUCCUGGUUCACUCAGUCUAAAGAGCCUCUCUAUAUAGAUGAUUUAGAAAACAUGCUUGACGAGGGUAUUGAAAGUGCCUUCAAUGCUAUCCUCGAUGAUGGCAGCGUUGAGGAGGUAGCUGAAAAACUAAUGAUUAUGCAUGAAGAAUGUUUGGAUGGUAAUUUUAGUUCUAUUGGAAGUCUUAGGGAAACCAGUCGUAAGAGAGUUGCACAUCCUCAUGUCAGACAGGUUGUGAAUGAGGAUGAGGACGAUGACGAUGAUAGUGAGGAUGACAACAAUGAUAUUAGAGAUGGUAACAGGGCUAGUAAUGAUUCUUCUGAAAUGAUGAUUGAUGCGCCACAAUCAGUGUCAAAUAUGAUUCCUACAAACAUGCCUGUGGCUGAGCCAACGCCCAAGGUUGAAGAAGAUGGAUGGACGGUAGUUGGACGGAGACGAAAUAGUAGGGGUAAAAGGAAUUAGGUUGAACCAGUAAAUUUUCUGGAGCCAGCCCCCUUGUUCACUAUACCUUUUGGAUUUUUAUUUUCUUGUUUCCUUUUUGUUCUGGGAGAGGGUUUUGCAUAUAUUUUAUGAUGGCGUUCUAUUUAUUAUGUAAACCUGUUUGUCUAGUAAUCAAAGAGUUGCGUACUGAUAGUAUGUUUAACUAA